AUGCCCCGGGGACAAAAGAGUAAGCUUCGUGCUCGUGAGAAGCGCCGCCAAGCCAAAGAUGAGACCCAGGGUCUCAAGAAUGCUCAGGCCGCUGAGGAAAAAGGGGCCCCCUCCUGCUCCUCUUCUGUUUCUGAAGAUGCUGUCCCCAGCACCUCUGCUACUGCCUACCAGCCUACCACCACUGCUGCUGCAGGUGUUUCACGCAAGAAGUCUGGUAAAGGUGCCAAGAGCCGAGGGGAGGGAAGUGCCAGUACCUCUAUGAUCCCACCCUCCACUGAGAGCGCCCAGGGAGAUCUUCUCACCAAGAAGGCAGGGAUGCUGAUGCAGUACCUGCUGUACAAGUAUAAAAUGAAAGAGCCCAUUAUGAAGAGAGAGAUGCUGAGGAUUGUCAACAAAAGGUUCAAGGAGCAGUUUCCAGAGAUCCUCAAGAAAGCCUCUGACCGUGUCGAUCUGAUCUUUGGCCUUGAGCUGAAGGAAGUCAAGCCUGGUGGUAACUCCUAUACCCUUGUCAGCAAGCAAGAUGUCACCAACAGUGGAAGUCUGACUAGCUUGGACUUUCCCAAGAAUGGGCUUCUGAUGCCUCUCCUGGGUGUGAUCUUCUUAAAUGGCAACUCUGCCUCUGAGGAGGAGAUCUGGGAAUUCCUGAAUAUUUUGGGGAUCUAUGAAGGGAAGAAGCACAUAAUCUUUGGGGAGCCCCGAAAGCUUAUCACCCAAGAUCUGGUGCAGGAGCAGUACCUGGAGUACCAGCAGGUGCCUGGUAGUGAUCCUCCACACUAUCAAUUCCUAUGGGGCCCCCGAUCUCUUGCUGAAACUAGCAAGAUGAAAGUCCUAGAGUUUUUGGCCAAGGUCAAUGAUACUGUCCCCAGUGCCUUCCCAUCCCAUUAUGAAGAGGCUUUGAGAGAUGAGGAAGAGAGAUCCCAACCCAGAGCUGCAACCAGGCAUGGUGCUGCUGCCAACGUCCAUACAUGUUCUAAGGUCACACCUGGAUACAUGUUCUAA